UUAUGGAAGAACAACAAAAGAAAAAGGAAGGGAGCAACAUGUACGAGUCACGUCAGAACCAGCCACCGUAUGUCUCGCAGAUGCAGCCGAUGAUGCAGGAAGCUUACGGAGGCGGGCUUUACGGUAAAGACGAUGAGAAAGAGGUAGAUGUCAAGACUAAAAAGAAAGAAGCCAAGAAUAUAGAGAACGAGCCUCAGCAGCAUAACCAACCGGCCAGCGAUACACAGAGCGCAGAUGGACCAGACGAGGUGAAGACGAUGAAGCCAAAGCACAAGCAACCACCUUCUUCCGGCGAUAGAGACAUUGACAUCACUGGCCAGUCUUAUAUUCAAUGAUGACUCUUGUAGUGCUCUUUUGUUUGUGUUGUAUUGUUCUUUUGAGUUUCUCUUUCUUUGUCUUUUUACUAAACCUAAUAAAUUAGAAAAGUACU